AAAUUUAGAGUAUUUGAACCUCUCUUUUUGUAAAAAUUUAGUUAAAUUACCUAAAUUAUGGGCCCCAAAUUUGGAGUUUUUGGCCCCAAAAUUAAAGUAUUUGAACCUCUCUUGUUGUAAAAAUUUAGUUAAAUUACCUAAAUUAUGGGCCCCAAAAUUAAAGAAUUUGAACCUCUGUUAUUGUGAAAAUUUAGUUAAAUUACCUAAAUUAUGGGCCCCAAAUUUAAAGUAUCUGAACCUCUCUUAUUGUAAAAAUUUAGUUAAAUUACAUAAAUUUUGGGCCCCAAAAUUAAUGAAUUUGAACCUCCGUUAUUGUGAAAAAUUAGUUAAAUUACCUAAAUUAUGGGCCCCAAAUUUAUGGGAUUUGGACCUCUCUGAUUGUGUAAAUUUAGUUGAGAUUGAUGAAUGCUUUGGAUAUCUUGAAAAGCUUUGUGGAUGGAAACUCAGUGGUUGCAUAAAACUUCAGUUUCUUCCAAGCCAACUCAGGUUGAAAUCUCUUUUUUCUUUUUUUCUUACUGGCUGCUCAAGGCUUGAGAAGCUCCCCGAUUUUCAUGAAGAAAUGGAAUGUUUAGUGGGUUUAGAUUUAAGUGGGAGUGGUAUUAGAGAGGUGCCUUCAUCAAUCGAGCAUCUCACUAAGCUUGAUAGAUUAAUCCUUCAUAAUUGCAAAAACCUUCGGGAUCUUCCAGAUAGCAUUUGUAAAUUGCAACAGCUUCGGGAAUUGCGGACUUCUACUACCAAAUUGAGACCGACGUGCAAUUCUUUCGAUAGCUCUUCCGAGGGCUAUGAAGACAUAAUUGAAUUAGAUCUUUUGACGAAGCCUGAUUACUUCCCCGCAUUGGCAGUAUUAGAAUUAUUUGAAACCAAUAUUGUUACCAUCCCUAAAAGCAUUAGCAGAUUUCCCAACUUAAGAUCCCUUUCUAUUACGAAUUGCAAGCUUCUACGUGAAAUUCAAGGACUUCCAGAAUGGGUAACUGUGAACAAUUCUCAAUCAGCAAGCGGGCUAUUGAAUCAGGUAAUACAAAUUAUUGGGAUUUCACCAAAUAGCGUAUGUGGUAGUGCAAGAAGCACCAAUUACUUCCCAUCUGAAUCUGAAGAUGGGGACAUAUCAAUGGAUCGGCAGUUCUCCAAUCAUUCCCCAUCUGAAACUGAGGGCGUUGAAUAUGAAAAUCAGUUCUCCAAGCGUACUAUUAUUUUUGGGGAAACUGAGAUGCCAAAAUGGUUUAAUCAUCAAAGUGUUGAAAAUUCCAUAUUUUUCUGGGUUGGUCGCAAAUUUCCAAAAUUGGCUGUCGGUAUUGUUCUUGGACAACAGGGCUUUGAUGGCUCUGUUUACAUUAGGUUUUAAACAAUAAUCAAUUGACCCUCACUAAUUUUUUAUUUUUUAUUUAUAAAUAUAGGUCUCUUUCAAUAGUGACUUUUUGAAAUCCAUGUUGAAAGUUGAAAAUGCUGAGACUUGUAAAGAAGUGCUUACUUUAUUGGAAAAUCUUGCAAAUGGUCGGCGUCAACCUCUCGAAAUGAAAAAACUCUUUUACCAUCAUGGAACUUCUUCCCAAUUAUUAGAGCAGUACAAGGUCAAUGGGUUGCUAAAUCUUGUUUGGACGGUUGACAUACUUGAGGAGAAUUCAUAUUACAUUCAGAUUUUGAAGGUCUGGGGCAUUUUGCCAUUAUCUGAAAUGCCAAGACUAGUAAAUCGUCUUGAAGUCUUAUUUGAGAAUUACACAGUGGAAAAGAUGAAUCGCUGCAAACAUAAAAGUCUCACCAGGUCUUUGGUUGUUCCAAUGAGAUAGUCGAUUGGCUCAAAUAGUUGUACUGAAGCUGAUCCUGUGCAAUCACUAUCAGAACCAUUGGCUUCAUUCAGUAUGAGGGAUGAUUCAGAAUCAUCAUCUACAACUUUUAAAAAUAAGUCUACUAUGGGGAGAAGUGAUGUCACGAAAUGGUUAAGAAAUUUUCCUGAUGACUAAUGAGAAGAAGACUGAGGUGAAGAAGGAAGAAAUUCCGGGUAGAGGCUUAGUAGAUUUGGUAUUCUCUUGGUCUCUCAAGGAUGUUCUCAAUGAAGAUCUUUACAAAUACCAGAUGAGAAAGAUCCCACAGUCAUUCUCCUCGAUGAAAGAGUACAUGGCCUCAUUCUGUGAUCCACUUGCUGAAGAAACACAUGCUGACUUGUUGUCAGGCAUGUCAACUCUAUCUCAAGCACCUACACGUGAAAUAUUUUUUGUCAAACAAUUUGUGAAAUGGAAAACACCCAAAGACCUCUUUUACCAUGUUACACUUGAAAGUGUGAGGAAAUUCAAGGAUCGUGGUGGGAGAUAUGAACCUGUGGCUUGGGACCUCAUUGCCAUAACAGAUGUGAGACCAAAAUGCAUUGCGGAUUUAGUAAGCCCAACAGAUCCUAUCUUGUUGCUUUUGUUCUGAGUGUGAGGCAAGAAAGUUGUAUGACAAUAUUAUCCUCAAAGCCUAUCUUGUUUAAAAAAGACAAGAACAAGAAGAGAGACUCUUUAUGGCGUUGAACUCUAAGCUGGAAGGUGGGAACUUAAACAUCAUUCAGAAUGUGCUGCAAUAUAGUUCAGUGAAUGCCAGAAAUUGUACUGCCUGCCUUUUGGAAAAAAAAUUGCAGUGCUGCCUUUGCAGACGUUAGGUACAGAAUCUGCUCUUCUGAUUUAAAUGACUCCCAAAAAGAUGCAGUUUUAAGCUGCUUGGUAACUAGGGAAUGCCACCAUCAGAGUACUGUCAAACUAAUAUGGGGCCCUCCGGGGACUGGGAAAACCAAGGCAGUAGGUUUCAUGUUAUGCUCUCUUCUUAGAAUGAAAUGCAGAACACUUACAUGUGCCCCAACCAAUACUGCUCUUUUAGUAGUGACGCAGCGGCUUCUAAAGAAUGUGACAGGGUCACUUGAAUAUGAUACUUAUGGGCUUGGAGAUGUGGUUUUGUUUGGGAAUAGUGAGCAAAUGAAGAUUUUUGAUCGUCCUGACCUCCUUGAUGUAUUCCUUGAUAACUGUGUUAAAAUACUAUAUGAAUGCCUUGUUUCAUCAUCUGGUUGGAAAGGUAGUUUACUAUCAAUGAUGUGUUUGCUGGAGGACCCUAAACGCCAAUAUGAGUUGUAAUUGAAUGAAAGAAGCAUGACAGACAAUAAGGAGGGCAAAAUUGAA